AUGUCAAAUAACCAUUUGCCAAGCUCAGAAAAGUACCAUCAAAUUGAAAACUUGGGUGCUCAUCUCAAUGCCUAUUCUUCAAGAGAAAAAAUGUGUUUCUUUGCUAGAGGUUGGAGCAAUGAUGUACCAAAAGUAGAGGAAAUCAUACAACAAAAGUUGAUGAAAAAUGCGGAUCGUUGGCUUGCUCAGGAUGAGCAAGUUUGUGGUGAAGUGGUGACCACUGUGGCGGAUUUUGUAGAUUCCCCCAGUAUACGGUGA